ACUUGACUGAGAUUACUUCCUUUUUGCUCACUAUAAAUAGCCCCCCACUCUUCACAUAAUUGUAAGAGAGAUAAGAUAAUAACCUGAACCGAGGGUUUUCACUUGGAGAGCAACUACCAUUUCCUCAUCCAAAGAGAGUGACAAAAAUUAAGAAAGAGAACAGUACUACUCCAAAAGUUUAAUCAGAUUCAAGAAAGAUGGCCAUUCACCACGAGUCUUUGGCUAUUGUUUUCGGCCUUCUAGGCAACGUCAUCUCCUUCAUGGUGUUCCUUGCUCCAUUACCAACAUUUUACAAAAUCUACAAGAAGAAAUCUACCGAAGGGUUUCAGUCACUUCCUUAUGUUGUUGCAUUGUUCAGUUGUAUGCUUUGGAUUUAUUACGCACUCGUCAAAAAGGACGCUACCCUCCUUCUCAUCACCAUUAACUCCUUUGGAUGUGUCAUAGAGUCAAUUUACCUUGCCGUAUUCCUAAUUUACGCCUCAAAGAACACCAGGUUUUCAACCAUCAAGCUUCUUCUCUUGUUGAAUGUGUGUGGGUUCGGAGCGAUGCUUCUUUCAACCCUCUACCUUACAACGGGAUCCAAACGUCUUUCUAUUAUAGGAUGGAUAUGCCUGGUUUUCAACAUAAGCGUAUUUGCUGCUCCUCUUUGCAUUAUGAAACUCGUCAUAAAGACCAAGAGCGUGGAAUUCAUGCCGUUUAGUUUGUCCUUCUUUUUGACCAUAAAUGCUGUCAUGUGGUUCUUCUAUGGUCUUCUCCUCAAGGACUACUACAUUGCUCUCCCAAAUACGCUUGGAUUUCUGUUUGGCAUAAUUCAGAUGGUGAUGUAUUUGAUAUAUAGAAACGCCAAGACAGUGGCACUUGACGAGCCAGUGAAGCAGCAGGAACUAAAUGGCCAUAUCAUUGAUGUUGUGAAGCUGAGCACAAUGGUGCCCUACGAUCCAAAUCAUAUAGCUAAAGGUGGUGCUGUCACUGUGACAGCUGUUGAGGAUCCAAUUGGAAAAGAAGAAACAGGAAAGGGUAACCAUAAUAAUAUGGAUUUCGCUGGCAAGGUGUGAUUAAUUAACCUAUGAAAAAAUCCAAAGAAGAUAAGAAACGAGGUCCAAAAUAAUUUAACCUAAAAGAGCAAUCACUUUACUUUGCCGAGUGGGGCCUUAUCUCCUUUCAUAUCAUGGAAAUGCAAUUGAUUAAUGUAUUUGCAUGAAUGGGUGUAGCUGUAAUUUUCAGUGACUCAAUUAUAUAUGUUAUGAUGCUUAGCGUCUC